AGUACGGAAAAUGAGUGACGAAAUCAAAACGACGACGUGUCACCUCCGCGGCAAUGGCAACGUGCCAUUUCCCCAUCCAUGCCAAUCUGCAUGCUCUUCUCUCUGCUCUACUCUGCUGCACCUCCCCCACUUCAAUGCCCUUUCCCUUCCUUCCCCCUUCUGCAAAUUACCUCAUCAAAUCUCCACAACUUUUAGCUUCAUUUCUGCUCUUCAGACUCGCGUUUCCGUACAGGAAGAAGAACUCAACUGGCACCACUGGAGUGGAGCAAUACUAGUGAAAUUAAAUUUUUGAACAGGACGCGCUCGCAGCUCGCUCGAACUUCGUUUCGGUAUAUUUUCAAUUGGAUGAAGUUUUUUCGAGCAAAUUCUUCUGUAAAUCUCCAACGAAAAAGGCUCACGAGACGAUGCAUUUGAUAUGGCGUCGGCAUUUCCCUACUUGUUUCUGCACCAGAGCAUCUACGAAGAUCUUCAUUUGCCUGCCGUUAUUGUUGCAGCCUGCUUCGUUUUCGUAGCGUUAGUCCUUUCUCUCCUCCUAACUUCUCAACAUCUGAGAUCUUACACCAAACCUUCGGAACAAAAGUGGAUUGUUGCUGUAAUUUUUAUGGUUCCAGUCUACGCCACUGAAUCUAUAUUAUCCCUGUGGAAUGCAAAUCUAUCUACUGCUUGUGAUAUAUUGAGGAAUUGCUACGAAGCAUUUGCCUUGUAUGCAUUUGGGAGCUAUUUGAUUGCUUGCCUGGGUGGCGAAGCUGCAGUUGUCGACUUUCUUGAAGACAAGGCAAGGAAUGAAAUCAGCCAGCCAUUGCUAGAAGGGGAGAAGAAUCAUCAGAAGAAUCCUCAGUCGGAACACACAACAUUUUUCAACUUCAUCUUCAGACCAUGUCUGCUUGGAAAGGACUUGUUCACAAUAAUAAAAUUUGGUCUCGUGCAAUACAUGAUUUUGAAGACUCUCUGUGCAUUGUUGGCAUUCAUUCUCGAGCUAGGUGGAGUUUAUGGUGAUGGAGAAUUUAAGUGGUACUAUGGGUACCCUUAUAUAACUAUAGUUUUGAAUUUUAGCCAGAUGUGGGCACUGUAUUGCCUCGUUCAAUUUUACGGCGUAACUCAUCAAAGACUUGAACCAAUAAAGCCUCUAGCAAAGUUUAUUAGCUUCAAAGCUAUUGUAUUCGCGACAUGGUGGCAAGGCGUGGCCAUCGUCCUGUUUUGCACCUUUGGUGUUCUGCCAAAGGAUGGGAAAUUUCAAACUGGACUGCAGGAUCUUCUCAUCUGCAUUGAGAUGGCAAUUGCAGCAGUUGCUCACAUAUUUGUUUUCUCAGCAAGACCUUAUCAUUACGUCCCGGCACGGGUUACCACCGAAGAAACAACUGCUGUGCUUAUGACAGGAGAAGACAAUAAAAAGAAGCCGGCACUUCUUGAAAAGAAAGAAACUGAAGUCGAGGCACCCGGAACAAGUGUAAGAGAAAGUGUCCAUGACAUUGUUGUCGGCGGGGGUCAAAAGGUCGUGAAGGACGUCGUGUUGACAAUAAACCAGGCGAUUGAACCUGUCCAUGAGGGCAUGACUAAAAUCCAAGAAACAUUCCACCAUACAUCUGUGGCAAAUGAUGCAACAAAUGAGCCAGAAGUGACAAUCGAAGAGCACCAACAGAGCAUUGCUAGAGAACCCGAAGCAUAGCUCCAUUUUCAGGUAUGAAAGGUUUCGACUACGCCAUCGUACAAAUUUGUGCUUCAAGAAUCUAAACUACGUCUCUCAUCUUCAAGAAUAUGUAUUUUACAACCAUAACAUUGGUUCCAAAACUAUUCUACUCUCUGUAAGCUCUCUCUAAUCCUCUACUGUAUACAAUGCACAUUCACA